AAUAGGCCUGCUAGCUGAAGAUGUCUUAUCGGGAUCGAGGGGGCGGCGGUGGUGGAAGUUCGCGACCACCUCGCGUUUCACUGGUGGUCCGGAACUUGCCGCUGGAUAUUCGGGUAGAGGACUUGCGCGACCGAUUUGAAAAAUAUGGCGAGUUAAAGGAUGUGUACAUCCCGCGGGACUACUACACGCAGAACGGACACGAGCAGAGCCGUGUACCUGGCCGAUCCGAGCACACAAGGCCGAUCCGAGCACACAAGGCCAAUCCGAGCACACAAGGCACAUGAGCGGCGGCAAACAAGCACCCGGGGUCUGGCGAGGGGUUAAACGCAUGCAUGUUAGUCCGACCAAGUUAGUGUAUGCGCUUUGGUCUUUCUCCUCGAAUACAACGUUGGCGUGAGGCAGCCUCUUGGGAGCACCGUAACUAUAAGCGAAGCAUGCGAGAGGCGCUUCAGCCCCACCACAUCCACAACAAAGUUGGCGAGGAAGAGGUGGUAUCGAGAGGCGACCUGAAAGCCGAGCCGAGUGCCACAUGCAAGUCGCCCACCACCACCACCACGUGUUUGCUGGUCGGGACAAGGCGUGUGUGGACAAGGCCCAAGUGUUGUGUUGGCCGAGGGCUGGGCGCUCAAGAGGCAGUGAAAGAAUUCUCUUGACGGGUAUGCUCCCUUCUGAUCUCGUCCCUUCACGUGUCCAGUUGCGAAAUGCCCCUUCUGCUGAAUUGAUGUGCAAGGCAUCUGGUCCUUACCGUACGGUGCCUGCAGGGUACAGCCGCACAAAGGGUUCCUUCCAAGAGCGCCUCCUUUCGUACAUGUCCUACGACAGGCCGGUGACACGGCAGAUUGCCUUCUCCAUUGACGGCCUCCCCACACCCCGUGCGUUACUCCCAAACCCCUGCAGGCGGCCUCGUGGGUUCGGCUUUGUGGAAUUCAAGGACUCUCGGGACGCUGAGGAUGCCAUGUAUGCGCUCGACCGGUCGACGAUGAGCGGGCGCGAGAUCUCGGUGACCUUCUCCCGCGAGGGCCGCAAGACGCCCCGCGACAUGAUGAAGAUCGAGGCGCGCCAGAAGGGCGAUGACCGCUAUGACGACCGCCGGGACGACAGGCGCCGCAGCCGCAGCAGGUCGCCGCGCCGCCGCUACAGCCGUUCGCCGCGCCGCAGUCGCUCCCCACGACGCAGUCGCUCACCGCGCCGCAGCCGCAGCCGGGAUCGUGACCGGGAGUACGAUCGCAGCCCGCGCGAUCGCAGCCCACGCGACCGUAGCCCACGCGACCGCAGCCCGCGUGAUCGCGAUUACAGCCGGGAGCGUGAGUACGAGCGCAGCCCGCGGGACCGGGAGCGCAGCCGUGAGAAGGAGUAUGAGCGCGAGCGGAGCCCUGCAGAGCGCAGCCGGAGCCGGGGGCGUAGCCCAACUCCCCGCAGGGAGUCGCCUAGGCCUCAGGAGGGC